AGCUACCGCCACCGAAAAGAUCUGGUCGUCAACAAACAAGAUGUUCAUGAGCUUGCGACCGCGUUCAGAAGACAGACAAGAUGACUUCGUGGAAGGGGCGUACAUGUUUCAUAACGCGGCGAGCGAGGGUCAGCUGGCCUCGGGCCAGCUCUGUCACGCUGAGACGAACGCCGCGUCGAGCGCCCGCGCCGGCCAGCUCACGAUGCCCGAGGGCGCGCCGCUUCUCUGGGACUUUGAGGGGCCGCUCCACUGCCGGCACGUGUUCAGGGUGCGAGGCGGCAGUCUGCAGCUGGAGGUGACGUCAUCAGAUCAGCCUCGGGACAGCCCGCACUGCUUGACUAGCUGUGCCGACAACAGAUGUCGCUGCCUGCUGGACCUGGUAGCGCUGCAUGAUGUAGACCACCUGCAGCUGUUGACAACAGAUGGCAGGCCUAUCGGCUGCCUCUGUGGCAACUUCACGGGAGCGCUGCCGCUGAUACUCAACACUAACCGUGACGUCAUAGUGUCAUACACCGUGGCCCACUUCAUGUGGGCGGCCAUCGGACCCAACUUUACCUUCCAGUACAGCUUCGGGGAUACGUUCUGUCCUCCACUGCUGGAGGCACCUCAAG